GGAGGAGUACAGCCCAGGUUUUUGUUCUCUACUGGACAGAGUCACUUGGGCUGAACAGCCAUCCCCUGCAUAGCUACAGCCCUGACCACAGCAUGGGGAGCUUUUGUGGUGCACUAAUAAAAGUGUUUGCUGUUCUUCCUACAAGAUCUGCCUACAUGCAGCCAUCGGGGAAACAUCUCUUCAGAGCAAGAGACUCCAUGUUCCCCUUCCCCCGAGGGAAUGUUCUGCGGUUGGAGCGCAAGUCAUGUCCAUGUUAUAAAACUAGUUUCACAAACCUGUUCCUGUGCCCAAGCCGCUCUCCAAAAAACAUGGCGCGUUACGGAGAAAGCUCUAAGGCCCCCCGGGUUGACAGCUGCGGCCAUCCAGCACAACGUCACUUCCUUCCGGAAGGCCCGUUCGUCGGCGCCCGAUUGGCUGCCUCAGGGCUCGCGCGGGACUGCUAUUGGCCGAGCCAGAAGGGCAGGCAGCGGCCCGCGCGCGUGGCCGGGAGCGGUGAGGCGGGAGGCGCGGAUGGGGACGGCCGGAGAGCGCGGCGGCGCAAGGCCGGAGGCCGGCCCGUUCUUCACCUUGGCCGAAGUGGCGAAGCGCAGCAGCGACCGGGAGGCCUGGCUGGUCAUCCACGACCGCGUCUAUGACGUCACCCGCUUCCUCGACGAGCAUCCAGGUGGAGAUAAGGUUCUGCUUGAACAAGCUGGUAGAGAUGCCACAGAGAGCUUUGAAGAUGUUGGCCACUCCAUGGAUGCUAAAGAAAUGCUCAAACAGUAUCUCAUAGGAGAGGUCCAUCCGGAUGAUCGCAAACCUGAUACCUCCAAGGCUUGGGAUGAGCAUGAUGUCCCAGCUUGCAGCUCACUGAACUUGUCCCGAGAGAGUCAUCCACUUUCAGCUGCCGUGGGUGGCCUUGAUUUCUCCCAAGGGGCCUGAGGUUCCAAGCCCAUUCCAUGAGUCAAGCAUGUGGACUGUCUGGCUGAUCCCUAUUCUGGGAGCCUUGGUUCUGGGCUUGAUGUAUCGCUACUACAUAAUGGAUGGCAAGUCCUCCUGACUUGAGUCUGCAAGAGUUAUCUGCACCCACCUCACUCUAUUGACAGCUGUAGAUGUUUUCUAACUUCUGAUGGCUUCCAGACAUCUCACUUUUAUCCGUCAGUUUAGUGCCUCUGCUACCUGCAAAGCCAAGCAGGGAUCCACCAUCUUUGCUGUAAACUCCAGGAACUGUCAUUCCACUGCAAUAUGCUUUUUCAGGCAUCAGCUACAAGCCAUUUUCAUUUAAAUGGUUCUGAUGUUGUAGAGUGGCAGCCGCUGCUUAUUCCAGCUUGUUUUAUCAAGCACUGUCAGCAGCCAGUGUGUAGCCAGGUUUCCUACGAAAAAUGAUCCCAACGGCAUCUGCCAACGGGACUUGGGAGGAUUUUCUGUAAGCUUCUCCUAUACUUGGAUUUUCAAAUGGUUAAAUUAACUAUAUAAUUUUAACUGUGUUUUGGUUUACAUAGUCCUGUUUUAUUGUAUGCCUGUUCUGUAAUAAAAGUCUCUCUGGACCAGCCAGA